GAACUCGCCGCUUAAGGACACAUGCUUCGGUCUCUCCAUUUUCUUCAAGCUCGGUUAGUUCCGCUUCGUUUCUUCAAUCCCCUCUUCGUGUUCCUGGUCCUUGGCCUUCCAUAUCGAGGGAAGGAUCUGGAUGAAUUUUUCUGGUCAAUUGCUGGGAAGUUCCAAACUGAAAUUGGCAAAGCCUGGACAUCAAGAAGGAAGAAUAAUAUAUACCCAGUAUUAAAUUUUCUUCUUAUUUUUUGUCUAAAGAAUCAGCAGAAGAUGAAUGUUGUGAAGCAAUUAUAUAUUCUACAAGAGAGAAUCGAUAAGGAGGGUGCUGAUUCUGCAGUACAGAAAUCUUUACUAACGUCUUUAAAGGUCAAUUCCCAAAUGCGUCAAGCAACUAAAUAAGUAGGAGACGUUUACGUUGGAAUAUAGUUGAAAUUUAUGUUUUAGAAAUGUUACACACGUGUGUAACGCGCUUGUUCGUUGAAUUUUAUUUUUGCGGCAACAACCGGCAUUGUUUGGCUGUUCCUUGGAGUACGUGUUGUGUGUUUCGAAAAUAUCUAGUACUAAAGUCUUAUGUCAUUUAUUU